ACCCUGAACGCGCAAACUGACGAGGAUUUCCCUGGGAAGCCCGCCAAGCCUCAUAUUCCCUCCCGCCGUUGCAAAGGCAGGGGCUGGAGAGGAGAGACCCCCCUAACCGGAGGUUCCGUCCACCCAUUGGUUUCUCAGGCGUAAUAUAGCCUCAAAAGCAAACGAGCAAAGAGAAGUAGUGGAAAAAAAUGGCAAGUUCUGAUUCUAUUAGCUACCUAUCCUAUUUUUUUGGCAACAUCACACGUGAAGAAGCUGAAGAUUAUCUGCUGCAAGGAGGACUAAACAACGGACUGUAUUUACUGCGACAGAGCCGAAACUAUCUGGGUGGUUUUGCUUUAUCUCUGGCAUAUAAUGGAAAGGUUUAUCAUUACACCAUUGAGAGGGAAAUUAAUGGCACUUAUGCUAUUACUGGAGGAAAAUCCCACCGGAGUCCUGUAGAACUCAUUGACUACCACUCAGAUGAAAUUGAUGGUCUCAUGUGUUUACUCAGGAAACCAUAUAAUCGGCCACCAGGAAUAGAACCCAAAACAAGUCAGUUUGAGGACUUAAAGGAAAAUCUAAUCAAAGAAUACGUUAAACAAACCUGGAAUUUAUGUGGACAUGCCCUCGAGCAAGCAAUUAUUAGUCAGAAACCACAACUGGAGAAACUGAUUGCUACAACUGCACACUUGAAAAUGCCCUGGUUCCAUGGGAUGAUAUCUCGGGAGGAUUCAGAGCAGCGCCUACUUCUGGGUUCAAAGACUAAUGGAAAAUUUUUGAUUAGGGAAAGAGAUAACAAUGGAUCCUAUGCUCUUUGUUUACUCAAUGAAGGCAAGGUACUACAUUAUCGCAUUGAUAAAGACAAGAAAGGAAAACUGUCAAUACCAGCUGGAAAGAAAUUUGAUACUUUAUGCCAGCUAGUGGAACAUUAUUCCUACAAAGCAGAUGGACUUCUAAGAAUAAUCACAGAGCCAGUGCGUGAUCCAGAUUUUCAGUCAAGAAAUAGGACAUUACCCCCCAAAGUUUCUAAGCCUCGCAACUCCAUGACUUGGACAACAGGUGGAAUUAUCACCAGAAUCAAAUCAUACACUUUCCCAAAGCCAGGAAGCCACAAGCCAUCUUUCUCUAUUCCUGGCCAGAGAGAUGAUUCUGCACUGCUUGCAAUGUUUAACAAUUAUGCACCCUCAUGGGCAAAACGAGGUGAACAGAGGGAACCUUUGCCUAUGGAUACAGAAGUUUACGAAAGUCCAUAUGCAGAUCCAGAAGAAGUGAAAGCUAAAAAUGUCACUCUUGACCGAAAUUUACUGACUUUGGAAGAUAAAGAACUUGGUUCUGGUAAUUUUGGUACAGUAAAAAAAGGCACUUAUGAAAUGAAAAAAGGAAAGAAAACUGUGGCUGUGAAAAUUCUCAAAAAUGAAAGUAAUGAUCCAGCAAUAAAAGAUGAACUCCUAAGAGAAGCAAAUGUAAUGCAACAACUUGAUAACCCAUAUAUUGUCCGAAUGAUUGGGAUAUGUGAAGCUGAAUCUUGGAUGUUGGUAAUGGAAAUGGCUGAGCUUGGCCCCUUGAAUAAAUAUCUGUUAAAACAUGGAGAUGUCACAGAAAAGAACCUAAUAGAGCUGGUGCAUCAGGUUUCCAUGGGAAUGAAAUAUUUGGAAGAAAAUAAUUUUGUACACAGAGAUUUAGCUGCAAGAAAUGUGCUUCUGGUUACACAACAUUAUGCCAAAAUAAGUGACUUUGGACUUUCAAAAGCUCUUGGUUCUAAUGAUUACUACAAGGCAGAACAUCAUGGCAAAUGGCCAGUUAAAUGGUAUGCUCCAGAAUGCAUGAACUUCUUCAAAUUUUCUAGCAAGAGUGAUGUUUGGAGUUUUGGUGUGUUAAUGUGGGAGACAUUUUCCUUUGGGCAAAAGCCAUAUAAGGGUAUGAAAGGAAUUGAUGUUGCACAGAUGAUUGAAAGAGGAGAACGACUGGAAUGUCCAGUGGGUUGCUCAUCUGAUAUCUAUGAAUUAAUGAAAUUGUGUUGGACAUAUAGUGUUGAUGAUCGGCCAUCAUUUUUUACUGUUGAAUUAAAGCUACGCAACUACUACUAUGACAUUGCUCAAUAAAUCUAUUGUGGAAUUGCAAUGAAGACGUCCCAAGAGGCAGAUACAAAAUUUGACGUUUCAAAUAAGUUGCAGAAAGUACCAAAAUGCACUCCAGAAGAAUCAUUGUGAAAAGACCAUUGCUGUAGAAUUACCUUGCUACUUUUAAAAAAACUUGCUAGUAUCUACAGUAGUAUUUUCAAAGGGAGCUAUUUUGAUGUUCAAGGAUCUGGAAUUAGUUAUGUUUGCUUAGUCUAUUUUAAAAAAAAUGGAUUUUGUUAGGUUGCUUUCUGUCUUGCUGUUCAAAUGUACCAUCUUUUGUGAUAUCAAAAGAAUGAUUGUAUUUAUCAUUAUUGCUGUUAAGAGAAUCGGUUACUUUCACUUUUAAAAACUCAAAGCAGAGACUGGUUUUAAAUUAGAAAUGAGCUAAUAAAGUUAGAAAUAACAUAUCAUAGCUUUAAAACAUAUGACAUAUAUAUGCAAAAAAAAGCUAGAUCCUCACUUCUGUCAAAUAUUCCCCAUUAGUAUUUAUUAUUUUGUAAAAUAUAAACAUCUAUUAACAAAAUUGGCAAAUUAUUUCAUACAGUAACAACAGAUCCCUAUUAUUGUUUUAAUCUUUAAGGUUGCACUUAUUAAAUAAUAAAGGUAAAAAAAAUAAAAAGUAUAGAUGAACUAACAUCAGCGCUUAACCUCAGUCUUUUGUAUCAUAUAAUCAAAACUCUGAUGACCUCUGGGAACACCGUUUAUUUAGGUCUACUCUAUAU